AUGACGCAGGCGGAGAACCUACCUGUGGGUGUCUCGGAUGAGGCUACACCACGACUUGACGCCGUACAGUCAAGAAUAAAGGCAGAAGCUGUGAAUAGAGAUGAAGCGAUCGAGCCUCCUGAUGAAGAGCAAGAGGAACCCGCAGUUGUGAAGUUGUCGAAGCGUGCGGCAAGUAAGCUAC